AUGGAUAGCCAAAAAUGGAUGAUGAGGCUCAGCGAGCUUCUCUCAAAUGCAGUAAAUCUAGAACAUCAAGCAUUUUACUUUUACUUAGCUGCAGGCAUACAUUUUGACUCGCCCGCAAUGUCUCUUUUAAAUCUUAGGGAUUUCUUCUAUGGUGAAAGUGAUGACGAGCUAAAGCAUGCCAGGAUUCUCAUUGAGUUUAUAAAUCAAAGAGGACUAGGCCUAAAGCUAGAGAAUAUUGCAACUGAGGAUCUAAAGAGCCUUUCAAUUCAAGAGAUCUUUGAAAAAGCCGAGGCAUUCGAACAGGCAGUGCUGGACCACUACAAAAUGAUUCAAAAGGAGGCCGAUGAAGUAGGGGAUUAUGCAACCACUCAAUUUAUUGAUUACUUUCUGGACAAGCAGGUGAGAGAAGUCAAGGAGUUCCAUGAUAGAGCCAUGAAUGCACGCCGAUGCAGCUGUCCUUUGGGCGAGUUUAUAUUUGAUCAAAGCUUUUCCAGGAAGCAAAAGUUAAAGAAAUUUAAACAAUAA